AUGGGUAUCAACAAUCCAAUUCCUAGAUCGCUGAAGUCGGAGAGCAAGUAUGAUUUUAUUUCGCCGAACCAAGUGUUCGGAGCUGACACAGUGAUCCCGCCAAAUGUGCUAAAGCGUGCCAAGGGGCUUGCAAUUAUCACAGUGUUGAAGGCCGGCUUCUUGUUCAGUGGACGUGCGGGUUCGGGUGUAAUUGUCGCGCGGCUGCGCGACGGAUCAUGGUCCGCGCCAUCGGCAAUUGCGCUUGCAGGAGCCGGCGCCGGCGGCCUGAUAGGUGUGGAGUUGACGGACUUUGUCUUUAUUUUGAACACUGACGAUGCGGUGAAGUCGUUUUCCGAAUUCGGCACAAUUACGCUCGGCGGAAACGUCUCAGUGGCGGCAGGGCCUCUGGGCAGGAACGCAGAGGCAGCCGCAUCUGCGUCGCUGGGCGGUGUAGCCGCAGUCUUCUCUUACUCGAAAACUAAGGGUAUUUUUGCUGGUGUAUCCGUCGAGGGAUCUGUGAUCAUUGAGAGAAGGGAAGCCAAUCGCAAGAUAUACGGGGAGAAAUGUAAGAGCAAAAUGAUUCUAACUGGCCGCGUAAGGCCCCCACCUGCCGCAGACCCGCUUUUCAGAGUGCUUGAAUCUCGUGCUUUCAACCCAAGCGACAGAGUGAGGGGUGACGACGUCGAUGAUUUCUAUGAUGAUAUCCCAUCCUCUUUCGACUCCUCCGAUAUGGACUCCCAAAGACCUAACACCAAAUCUUCGCGAAGAAGAGGAGAAUCUAUCAGGUCCUCAAGGUCCUACCAGGGCAGCUUUGACGAUGACUUUGCCGAGGAUGAUCCUAACGAUGUGAGCGGUUACUACUCUAACGCCCGAAACCGCAGGACUUCCACUCGCUGGGAAGACGACGUGUACGAUAGAGAUGUUGGCGAUGCGACAACAAGAAUGCAAAAUUCAAAAAUUUCCGACGCGCCUUCAAGGCCUAGGACUGAGAAGCCAGACUUUGGGUUAUCGCCCUCGGCGCACUCAAGAACUGCAUCUUCGGGUGCGCCUAAGGCUGUUGCCUUGUAUACUUUUAAGGGUGAGCAAAGCGGUGACUUGCCAUUUCGGAAAGGCGACGUUAUCACUAUCUUAAAAAAGUCAGAGUCCCAGGAUGACUGGUGGACUGGCCGUAAUAAUGGCCAGGAAGGAAUCUUUCCAGCAAACUACGUCGAGUUGGUUUGA